CAGAUACGCUAUCAGUCAAUAUCUAGACUAUGCUGGCGAUGUAAUUACUCAUGUCAACAUAACAAGCAUCAGAGUCGAGGACGGCGGCUUAUACACAUGUUUGGCAUCAAAUGCCCUAGGAGUUGUCCAGCAUUCGGCAAGGCUCAACGUUUACGGCCCUCCGUUCAUUCGAUCCAUCGGCCCGGCGAAAUCCGUUGCUGGGACAGACGCAACGAUACAUUGUCCCUAUUCUGGAUACCCUAUCAAAUCCGUGCGAUGGGAACGACAUGGCCAGGAGCUACCACAAGACAUGAGGCAUCGCUUAGAGGAAGGAGGCGCUCUAACGAUCAUGAAAGUGGACCAAAAUACGGACAAGGGCUUUUACACCUGCUACGUAACUAGCAGGGAAGGUCACGUUGCAAGAAAAGAAAUACAACUUAUUGUUAAUGCUCCCCCGGUUAUGGAGCCUUUCAACUUUCCGACAAGUAUACAGGAGGGUGGAAGGGCACAAGUUACAUGCACUGUGACUUCAGGGGAUUUACCGAUACACUUUUUCUGGUAUAAAGAUGAAGAGCCAAUAUCUGCCUCGUUAGAGGUGGAAGAAAGAGCGGCGGAAUUCUACAGUAUGUUAGUUUUCAAAAAUGUCAAUUCACGACAUACAGGGGCCUACACUUGUGUAGCUAGUAAUGCCGCCGCAAGAGUGAAUUUUACUGCUCAACUUAUGGUUAAAGUUACCCCACAAUGGAUUAUAGAGCCACAAGAUAUUUCAGCUUUACUGGGAAAUGCAGUGCUCAUCCCGUGUUUGGCUAAAGGUUUCCCCGAGCCAACUACAUCUUGGUUGAAAGGAUAUAGCAAAUCAACAGAUUACAGACCCAUCUCAGGGGUGCACAGGGUAGCUCAACUUGGAAACGGUUCGUUGUGGUUUGAGGCUGUUACAUCCCAAGACGAAGGAAAUUAUCUGUGUCGUGCCACAAAUGGAAUCGGAUCAGGACUUGGAAAAGUAAUUUAUGUUGCCGUCAAAGAGCCAGCCAGGUUCGAUAUACCCUACAAAAAUGUUUCAGUGAAACGAGGCGCAGAAAUAACAUUAAUCUGCCACGUCCACGGUGAUGUGCCAAUUGAGAUUGCAUGGAAUUUCAAUGAUUCACCUCUAGACCUUCACAAAUUGAGGUUUUCCCAUGUUAGUUUGAAAGAAGAGAAGGAAAUGAAGUCUCAGUUAACCAUUAGUAGGACUGAUAGGGAAGACUCAGGAAUAUACAAGUGCAUCGCGGAAAAUGAUUUUGGACGCAGCGAACAUAUCAUCAAUCUUGCUGUUCAGGAGAAACCCGAUCCUCCUACCCAUUUAGAGGCCGUUGAGGUUUUGGGGCGAUCAGUGAAACUAGCUUGGAGGAGACCAUUUGACGGAAAUAGUCCGGUCACUGGGUAUGUCGCCCAAUAUAAAUUAUUGGAUAAUCUACAGUCUACAUGGGAUACAAGUCAGAUAUCAAAUUUAACAAUGUCAUCCGUGACGAACCCACGCGAAAUUAUAGAGCAAGCAGUUAUCACAGGCCUAAGGCCAGCCACCGUAUAUACCAUCAGAAUAUCCGCAGUAAAUAAUAUUGAUAAAAGCGAUUUUACUGAAGCUAUGGUGGUGAAAACACAAGAGGAACGUCCAUCCGGAGCACCAACAGAAAUUAAAGUUGAGGCGGUUAGCUCCACUGAGUUAUUCAUUCAGUGGGCUGCCCCUUUAAGAGAGACAUGGAAUGGGGAAUUACUGGGUUACAAAGUUAAUUGGAAGGAACAUCACGGGCCCGUUAAUAAAACUAAUGUCCAAACAGUCAAUGGAUGGGCUACAAAUAAAUUGCAACUGAAUAAUCUCAAAAAAUUUACAACUUAUGACAUCACUAUUAGUGCAUUUAAUAGUAUUGACAUUGGUCCAUCUUCGUCGAGCAUUAUAGGCACCACCAAAGAAGGAGUUCCGGAAGCACCACCUCAAGAUAUAAUUUGUUCGGAAAUUUCUUCCCAAAUAAUAAAAAUAUCUUGGAAACUUCCACCGCCACAUUUGCAUGGAGGCAUGAUUCAAGGAUAUAAAAUUUUAUAUAAGCCCAUUGAGAAUGAAUUUGAUAUUUUUGGUAAGAAAAUUGAAGCUUAUAAUAGUUUGUGA